AUGGCAGUGGUUGCAAUCGUGCCUUUGGACGUGUACUCCACGCUUGACAAUAGUAAACCAAGCGAGCUGGGCGUCAUGUGGAAUGUCGCUUUCUGGUCCACGCAGAUCCUCACAUGGCUACUCCUUCCAUUUUUCCAGUACUAUUCGGAUGCGGGAGAUUUUACGGUGAAGGGCAAGUGCAUAACCAGCCUGAAGGAAAAUGCAAUAUUGUAUGGCUCCGUUGCGGCGGUUGGCCUUAUCGGUGUCGCGGCGCUGCUCAUUUCGAAAAAGAUGACAAUCGACGGACUCAUGGGUCUGGGAAUUGGCUUGUCGAACGCGUUUGGUCUCAUAGCGAGCAUCAUCCUGCUUGGAUACGGCCUGAUCCCUCGGAACCUGUGGAAAGCGGAUCCGGAGCGACAACUCAAGUGGUGUGCCCACAGGGCUGGCAAGUAUGCUGAGAAAGUUAUGAAGAGCACAGCGGAGCUGGAGACGGUGGUGACCAUUAUUGCCGCUAACGAGCGGCAGAUGCGGCGACACGACCCGUUGCGCAAAUACAUGGACAUCAUUGUCGAGCACGUGGAGAAGGAGUCCCCCAUCAAGCCCUCGGACCUAGUUGCCCGUGGCACCGCCUCGGGGCGAUCCUCGGGCGGCAUUGACAUCGAGUCCCUCAAUGCGGAGGACCUGGAGUAUAACUACGAUGUAGCGGGGCUGGCGGCCCUGCGGCGGAGGAUGUUUUACGCCAUCUCCACGUAUAAGGGUAUAACGGGCAAGGGGCGACGGGGAAGGAAAGGGGGAGGAGGGCAUGAGAGGGGCAUGAGGCCCGCGGCCGGCCCCUUUGCCCCGUUCCCUGGGUUGAGGGCGGGGGCCCCGGCGCGGGCGCCUUGGCUGCAACAGCAACUUGGUUGGCUGGCUGGCUGGGUGGUCUGGCUGGGGGGCGACCGUGCCCAGUACGAAGAGGUGAUGCUCGAGGCAUUUGAGUUGGAGGACGUUGUCAAGUGCCGCCAGCUGAACGAGUUCACGCCCCGGAAGCCCACACGCAGUCCCAUCAAGAAGGUGGUCUGGUUCUACAAAUGUGCGCUGCGAGCACACUGGCACCGGGUUCUUGCAGUGGUGUUUGCGUGCAUGUCCGUUUUGAUCGUGUGGGCGGAGGCCACCAUCGUGUCGCCAGUGGACAUUUCACCACUGUCGCUGAUGAUCAAGGGCAGCGAGGCCAACGAAUUCGGGGUGCAGCUCAUCACCUUGCUGCCGCUGGCUUACAUCUGUGCCUGCACCUACGCCGCACUGUUCUCCAUCACCGCCUUUGACUACAAUAAGCUCAUCCCGCGUGCCACCAUCGGCUCGUCGCUGAUGCAGAACGGCACCCUCAUGUGCCGCUUCGCCGCCCCCACCUGCUGGAACUUCUAUCACAUGGUCCGCAUGACUAACCGCGACAAGAAUGACGGCGUCAACACCGUGUUUGAGGACAAGAUGGGUUCCAUGGCCGUGCCCGCCUUCCUGAGUCAGCACCUCAACACCUACUUGCCGCUCAUCUUGGUGGUGGAGUGCGUCAUCACCGCCUUGAACCUGUGGGACAGAAUCAUGGGACUCUGCGUGUCCUCCAAGUACAAGUUCUCCAAUGAUGAUGAUGUGGAUGAUGAGUACACGGAGAAGGGCCGGCAGCUGGUGGCCCGGGAGCGGGAGGCGGUGGAGAAGGGAUUCACCAUCGGCCAGGUCCUCACGUCCGCGUUUUUCGACCUGGAUUUCCCGGACAUUGUGGGGGGACCGAGAAGUCGCCUCACGCAGCAGAAGAAGGGCGGCUUCCUGGGUCUGUUCGGGAAGAAGUCCGCACCUGCGACCACUGCGGCGGUGGGGGCGCCUCCCCCCCUGGCGGCGCCUCAGCGGCCGGGGUCCGCGCCCAGCGGCUCAGGUCCCUCGGGCACUGCCCCUAGGUACAAGUCCAGCACGGCGGCGGCGGCGGCAGCUCGCUGGCUGGGUCGCGGCGCAGGGCUGCCUGAUGACAGCGGGGUUAUGCCGUCGGCGGGGUCGACGUCUGCCGUAUUGGACACUACGUCGGCUAAGGCGUCUUUGUUGGCAUCCAGGCAGUACGACAAGAGCCCGGGGGGCGAGUAUGACGCCCCGGGGCAAAAGUCUGGCUUGGACGGCAUCUUCGCGACCCUGUCUGGCGUCGGGGGGGCCGACACCGGCGGCGGCGGCGUUUCCGCCGGCAGCAUGACCGCCGCCGCCGCCGCAGGCGGAGUCGUCGCAGGUGCGGGGAAUCGUCUGGGAGGCGGUGUUCAGCCGGACACUCCCGGGGCUCAGCGGCACUCGGAGAAAGACUCCUUGUUGGCUGGCUUCUGGCGCAGUUGA